UUUGGUGAGUUGGGUAGGACAAUUUGAUGAUAUGGAUUUUCAAUGGAUGGUGGAGUUCCUGAAGGGCAUGCUGAAGCCAAUCGCCGCCACUGCGGUGGUGCUUUUGGCGGUGUUUUUGUCAUAUUUUCAGAGAUUGGGUUUAGGGGGCGAAAUGGUUUAUUCAAUUCUAAGGGCUUUUCUUCAGCUCUCUGUUAUUGGCUUCGUUCUUGAGUUCAUUUUUAGUCAGCACAAUAACGGAUGGAUCGUCGCCGCUUAUCUUUUCACGGUCUCUGUUGCUGGUUAUACAGCUGGUCAACGUGCCAAACAUGUCCCUAAUGGGAAGUAUGUUGCCGGAGCCUCAAUUCUGGCAGGAACUGCGGUGACGAUGUUGGUGCUAGUUGUGCUGCGUGUUUUCCCUUACACUCCACGCUACAUAAUACCCGUGGCAGGGAUGAUGGUUGGCAGUGCAAUGAGAGCCACUGGAGUUACAAUGAAGAGACUCCGAGAUGAUAUCAAGAUGCAACUAAACCUGGUUGAGACAGCAUUGGCUCUUGGGGCUACUCCUCGCCAAGCAACACGUGAACAGGUGAAAAGGGCUCUGGUUAUCUCGCUCUCUCCGGCCUUGGACAGUGCCAAAACCGUGGGUCUCAUAUCCCUUCCCGGUGCCAUGACUGGCCUCAUAAUGGGAGGAGCAUCUCCUCUGGAGGCCAUUCAACUGCAGAUUGUGGUCAUGUGCAUGCUCUUUGGAGCAUCAACUAUUAGCAGCAUCAUGUCGACAUACCUCUGCUGGCCUGCCUUCUUCACCAAAGCUUACCAGCUAGAAACUAAGGUCUUCUCUUCAGAUUGAGGUUGGCAUAGUUUUAAACCCUAUUCCCAUUCCACUCAAUUGUGAUGUAACUUGAAUGGGGAGAGCAAUACAAAUCUUUAGGGCCUAGUGGUUAUUGUUUGGUAUGAAUCACGUCUAGGUGUGAAUCAUAGACGACAUUCACCAUUCAAAUAUGAUUUUUGCACCCCAUGAAUUUUCUAGCUCCAGCUUGAGAUCUACUUUGGAUGCUUAAAGAAAGUUGCAAGUGUGGUAUGUCAAAUAUUUGAAUUUGACAUUUCCAAUAGUUUAAGCAGAAACAAUCCUUUUGAGUUUUAACAGACUACAUAUAGAAUUUGUCUGUUGGAUUGCAAUUUAUGUUCAAAAUAGACGGUGAAGACGUUUUUGUUUCAUUCCAAAGAAUUGUAAGGAACUGUUUUGAGAAGUUGAAUGCUAUGAAUGAACUGUUUUAAGUUUUUUCU